AUGAAGAUCGAAGUUCCGCGUGACAAGCUACUUUCAAACUACGAAGUUUAUCAGCAUCUGGCAAAGAUCCAGGAUAAAAAUGCAUGGUUCUUCACUGUUCCAGAGACGAAAACCAAAAGUGGGAAAAAGAAGAAAAGAAGAAACAUUGAUUCUCUCAUAGAUCUAGAGAUCAUAACAAAGGAUCUUUCACGAUAUCUUGUUCAAAACAAUCAGUCAAAUGAUACGCAGGUCCAAAGUGUCAUCAAUUUAGUGCUUGGGUUGAACAUGUACAAAUUAGAGAUGAUAGAAAAAUUACAGAUACUAAACAUACUUCCUCGCAGUAUGGUGCUUUUAUAUGCUAUAAUUGAAGAUUGUGACCAGAGAUUUUCAGAGGAAGAAUGCGAGGAUCUGCUUUCCCUCGUGAACUCUAGCUUCCCGUUACCAGAUAAAGAAGAAGGUGCUGAUGAGGACGAUGCAGGAGAAGAAAAUGAAGAUGAACAGAUGGAUGAUGCAGAAGGUGAGGAUAAUGGCGCAGCUGUUGAAGAAGAUGAGGAAGCUUUUGAAAAUAUUAACGGCGAUUUACAGCAUGAGGCUCCCGGAUUAAAGCCGGCUAAAAAGGAAGAAGAAGAGGAAGACUAA